AUGUUUGGCUUGGGCAAAUUAUUCUACGUAAUAGUGUUAACUAUAAAUGGAAUAGCGGUUUUAAGUGAAGAUAGGUUUUUGAAUAGAAUCGGAUGGGGGUCAACAACUUCAUCAGCAAAUGGCAACACCAAUUUACAAAAUCAGUUUAGCCAAUUCAAUACUGGGUUAGAUAGUAGUGAAGGGUCAAUCAAGACUAAAUUGAUUAAUCUAAUAAGUGCCGUGAGAACAUUAUUGAGGAUACCGUUGAUUGUAGUGAACAUUUUGAUCAUUUUAUAUGAGAUAGUUUUAGGUUGA